UUUACGAUGACAACAACUAUGGCGGCCGCCAGUGGUAGAUUUGAAAGUGCGAAGAGUAUCGAAGAUCAUAAAGAACAGACCCGGAUUGCCAGAGCCGAGGUGUUGCGCCAGGCUAAAGCCAAUUUUGAAAAAGAAGAACGGCGUAAAGAACUUAAGCGACUCCGGGGUGAGGAUACCUGGAUGCUACCUGAUGUGAAUGAGCGAAUUGAACAAUUCUCACAGGAACAUUCUGUGAAGAAAAUGAAGAAAAAAGACAAGCAUUCAAAGAAAGUAAAGAAAGAGAAGAAAAAAAAGAGCAAGAAACAGAAAUAUGAAAAAAACGAUGAUUCAUCUGAUAGUUUAUCAAGCUCUGAAGAUGAGUGGGUUGAGGCUGUUCCAUCCCAGACUCCUGGCAAGGGAAAGGCCUGGAAAGUGAAAGAUGAAAAGUCUGAAAAAGAAGAUGACAAUCAAGUUAUUCAGAGGGAUGAGUGGAUGACUGUUGAUUUUAUGUCUGUUAAAACUGUGUCAUCAUCAUCACUCAAAGCUGAAAAGGAAACUAUAAGGAAAAUAGAACAAGAGAAAACCCAAGCACUUGAACAGUCCAAACUGCUGGAAAGAGAAUUAAAUCCAUUCUGGAAGGAUGGUGGGACAGGUCUUCCACCAGAAGACUGUAGUGUAUCAUCACUUACUAAAGUUUCAGUAGUAGAAGACGGUGGAUUAAGUUGGCUAAGGAAAUCUUAUCAACGAAUGAAGGAACAAGCUGAGAAACAAAAUAGAAAUUUUGAGGACGUUGUAGCUGAAAGAUAUGGGUCAAUGGAAGUAUUUCAGUUGAAAUUAGAAGAAGCUGAAAAAACUGCUUCCACAAAAGAGGAUCAUAGACGAGAACGGUGGAGGAAACCAACAUAUUCAGAUAAAGCACAAAGUAGUCAAGAAAAUAGAAAAUCAAAUUUACUUUUUGAAAUUUUGAUUUAAAUUUAAUGUACAGAUAUAUCAAGAACAGUUAAUACCUUUAUAAUGUUGAGUCAUCUCAUUCUAAAACCCUGGGUAUUUCUCUGUUGUGGAAGAGAAUCCAACCCAAGGCAAAAUCAAGAGCUUUCUUCUCCAGGUAAUUUGAGACAUAAAUUCUUAAGACCCUCUGAUGAUGAAGAACUGUCAUUUCGCAGCAAGGGCAGAAAUUUUCAACCAUCUAGUUUACCUUCAGCAUUGGUAGCUCAGGGUUCUUUGCGUUGUGGUUUUCGAAAACCCACUGAGAACCGUGAAGAGAGUUUAACAUCAUGGAGUCAAUCUAAUGGGAGAGAAGGAGACAAGAAACAUUCAAAUCAAAAGCCACUGGAAACCAGUAGCAGUGUUGAACACCAACAUAUUCCAGAGGCACCAACAUAUUUCAGAGGACAUAGAGAAAAAUCAGAAGAUGAAAGCCUGAGAAGUGACACAAAGUCUACAUUUGCUGGUAGUCCAGAGGAUGAGUCCAUCCACAUCCUGAGUGUUGAUGAGAAGAACAAGUUGGGAGCCAAGAUUAUCAAGGCAGAGAUGAUGGGGAAUGUGGAAUUAGCUGAACAACUUAAAGCUCAACUUGAAAAGGCAAAUAAAUUCAAAGAAACUGUGACACAGAUAUCAUCGAAAAAAUCUGAGGUAGAGAAUGAAGAUCAGCAAGAAGUGAUCCUUGUCAGAACAGAUCAGUCUGGAAGAGUAUGGCCUGUAAACACACCAGGAAAACCUCUGGAAUCAAAAGGAGGAAGAAGGAAGAGACAGAUGGUUUCAACCCAUGAGGAAAAAGAAAGGAUCAGAUACUUUCAUGAUGAUGAUAAUGUAAGCCUGAAUGAUUUAGUCAAAAACGAAAAGAUGGGAACAGCAGAAAACCAAAACAAACUUUUUAUGAGAAUGGCAUCUAAGUUUAUGGGGAAAACAGAUGGAGACUCUUAUACUCUGGAUGACAUGUUUGUCUCCAAAGCAGCCGAGAGAGAAUGUCUUGGUGAAGAGGAAGAGAACCAGAGGAAAAAAGCUAUUGCUGAGCAUCAGAGUCUUGUUGCACAAAUGGAAAAAUGUCUGUACUGUUUUGACAGCUCUCAAUUUCCCAAGCACCUUAUUGUUGCAAUAGGUGUUAAGGUUUACUUAUGUUUACCCAACUUCCGAUCUCUUACUGAGGGGCACUGCCUAAUAGUACCCUUGCAGCACCAUAGAGCAGCUACCUUACUGGAUGAAGACAUCUGGGAGGAAAUUCAGAUGUUCAGAAAAUCAUUGGUAAAGAUGUUUGAAGUUAAGGGAUUGGACUGCAUCUUUUUAGAGACUAAUAUGAGCAUGAAGAAACAGUAUCACAUGGUUUAUGAAUGCAUUCCUCUUCCAAAGGAAGUGGGUGAUAUGGCUCCCAUCUAUUUUAAGAAAGCCAUAAUGGAAUCUGAUGAAGAGUGGUCUAUGAACAAGAAGUUAAUUGAUCUCUCCUCUAAAGAUAUCAGGAAGUCU